UGGUUUAUAUUUUGUGAUGUAAUUAAAAAUUAUUGUUUUGCUAGUUGCUGGUAGUUUUAAAUAGAUUUUGUGGUUUUCAAAACAAAGUGGUGUAAUGGCUUCGUUUCGGUUAUUUGUUUCUUAUUUGCAUCCUCAUGUUGGUUACUCCAAUUAUAGGUCUUGCAGAGGACUUUUAUCUUCGGUGCUUUUUAGUCAUGGACAAGUAUGUACAGUUCAGUCGUCAAGAAAUAUUCAUUUGUCCAUCCGAAGGAACUCGGAAAGUUCAACAACGUCUGGUGGUUCUGGUGGAAACAAGGAGCCACCCAACAAUAACAAAAAUAUUUUGUCCUGUCCAAAAUGUGGAACCCCUUGCACACAUGUUGAGACUUUUAUAAGUUCCACACGAUUUGUAAAAUGUACCAAAUGUAAUCACUUUUUUGUCGUCUUAUCAGAACUUGAAUCGAAAAAGAAAUAUAAAGAUGGAACAAAAAAUCAAAGAAAAUCUCCUCCAUCGCCCAAAUUAAUAAUGGAAUAUUUAGACAAACAUGUAAUUGGACAAGAAUACGCAAAGAAGAUACUAUCUGUUGCAGUGUACAAUCAUUACAAACGUAUUCACCAUAAUAAUCCGUUGUUAGAUAUCAACAGUCAAACAGGAGAACAAAUGGGCAGAUCAGAUCUUCUCUAUAUGUCUGAAGUUAGUCAUUCACUUGUCGGAGGUAAUCCAAACGAAAACUUAAAAUCCAACAGUUCUCAAUUGAGUGGAUCGGAAAAUCUCAAAGACAAUUUACAAGAUAUUAAGCUUGAAAAAAGCAAUAUACUUAUGUUGGGGCCAACAGGUUCUGGAAAAACUCUGAUUGCACAGACUAUUGCUAGAUGCCUUGACGUUCCUUUCGCUAUUUGUGAUUGUACUUCUCUUACUCAAGCUGGCUAUGUAGGAGAGGACAUUGAGAGUGUGAUAUCUAAGCUUCUUCAAGAAGCAAAUUACAAUGUUGAAAAGGCACAAACAGGGAUAGUGUUCUUAGACGAAGUUGAUAAAAUAGGAGCAGUACCGGGGAUUCAUCAGCUUCGUGAUGUUGGAGGUGAAGGUGUACAGCAGGGUAUGCUGAAAAUGUUAGAAGGCACUGUUGUUAAUGUUCCUGAAAAAAAUUCUCCACGUAAAUUGCGAGGGGAUACAGUUCAAAUAGAUACCACAAAUAUUCUUUUUGUUGCGAGUGGAGCAUAUAACGGUUUGGAUCGAUUGAUAUCGAGAAGAAUAAACGAAAAAUAUAUAGGCUUUGGAUCUCCGACUACUGAAAGUAAAGGAAGGCGAGCUGCACAAUCAUCAGUGUCGAAAACUAUUCCUCAGAAAUCAGGUGAUAAAUGCCUACAAAAUGUGGAAGCAAAAGACCUGGUCGAGUUUGGAAUGAUACCCGAAUUCGUUGGUCGUUUUCCCGUGAUAGUUCCCUUCCAUAGUCUGGAUGAAAAUCUACUUAUACGAAUAUUAACGGAACCAAAAAAUGCAAUAAUACCGCAAUAUAAGACUCUCCUUCAACUUGACGAUGUAAAGCUGACAUUUUCCCUUAAUGCGAUCAAACAAAUUGCAGCUCUGGCCUUAGAAAAACAAACUGGUGCCCGUGGACUCAGAUCAAUAAUGGAGCAAUUAUUACUUGAUCCAAUGUUCACCGUUCCAUGUUCUGAUAUCAGAGGUGUUCAUAUAACGGAAGACUACGUUAGAGGAAAAUCUUAUCCAGUAUAUAUUAAGCAACAAGCCAAAAGCAAAGAUAAUGAAGAUAAAAACGCGAGGGCAAGUGAACAACCAGAUGCAAAAGCUCGUAUUACUCAGUAACAAAAACCCUUAAAAAGUCAAUAAAAAUUAUAAAUAAAUUGAAUAGCUGUUAAAACUA